ACGCGCUGCCGCCCCGGGCACCGGCCGCGGUUUCGGGUUGCAUUCCCCGCACACCCCGGCUGCAGACGCUCCCCGGCCGCGCUGCUGCAUGGACUCUGCGCGCAGGGCCCUGGCCGUACCCCGCUAUGGCACACGGCGCUCCCCUCGGCUCCAGGGACUGCACCAUGAAGACGUCAAUUGCGCUCUUGCUUUGCAUCUCGCUUUUCCCAGGCUUUUCCCAGGGCAGAGUUGUUAGGAAGGACGAAGCUGGUUUUGCGGAGUGUAACGUGUUCUUCUCUGGACAAGUCCCACCCGAAGGAUUUACGCAGCCGUUCCAUGUGAAAAUCUGUCAGCAGUACAACAAAGAGCCACGCUUUGCAACCCUCUACAGUACUAAGGACAAAAUCCCUCUUUAUUCGGCUUUUAAGUUUACAAAGUCAGCUCGAAGUGGGAAGGAGAAGUGGCUGGUUGAACCGCAGAUAGAUGAUCCAGAAAAUGACUUGCAUGAAAUGGUGCGUGAAGCUGAUAUUCGUGGCACUGUGGCCAACCUUGGUGCAAACCAAGCCCUGACCUCAGACUACGUGGGCUCUGGCUACGAGAGAGGCCUUCUCAAUCCCAGUUUGCUCAAUGAGAAGGAUUUCCAGGUGGCCACUUACACACUCACGAAUGCCGUCCCUCUGAGCCCGGCUCUGAGCAAAAGCUGGCACAGAGACAUUGGGAAGGUAGUGGAGCAAGCUCUGGUCCCUCACUGUUCCGAGAUGGAUCAUCUAUACCUCCUUGCAGGUGCGGUUCCUUCCAGUAUCAAAGUUAAAGACAAGGUGUCAGUGCCAGAGAGCCUCUGGCUGGCAGCCUGCUGUGAUGCUUCAGAGGGAUGGUCCUUGGGACUAGUGAAAAAAACCAAUGAUGAAAACAGCUUGGCAGACCUCACGGUGAGAGACCUGGAGAAGCAGCUUCUCCGAGGAGCCCGCUUGUUCAAGGGCAACUGUGGGAAAGGCAAACAAAGCCAGGAGAAAAGAGAAGCAGUACUGCAAGCUGUCAGUCAGAUCCGCUCUGGAGAGCAAGUAGGAACAAAAAACGACCAGGAGACCAAAGAGAAUGGCUUGGUGAGAACAGUGGCUGGCAUAAUUUCUACCCCUUUCAUCAAACUUCUGGAACUCCUCAUCUACAUCUUUGUGGAACUGGUGAAAUUUGUGUUUUACUUUCUGUGGCUUGUUGUAAAGCAAGUUGUUGGCACAAUUCUGGGUGGAGUCUGCAGCCUGUGGAAUGAGAUGGUGUCCUACCUUAAAGCCAUCAGCAUGGUGCUCAUCAGCAUCCCCUAUGAUGUUGGGAGGGUCAUUGUCAACAUCUUCCUGGGCUUCCUGCAAAUUGUUCAAGAUGCGAUGUCCCUCACCUACGGGAUCCUGAGCAUCCCCGUGGAAUUCAUCCUUCACCUUGCUGCUUUCCCUUACCACUCCAUCUGUGCCAUUCCCUCUGUCCUUCAGGACAUGGCCACCGGGAUCCUGGGCACCUUCUUGCUGGUCAUCGAUGCCAUGGCCACGGUUCUGCAUGGCUCUUGUUACCUGGCUUGGUACAUCCUCAAACCGUUUGUGCCUAAAGGCUCUUCUGGCGACUGAGAGGAACAGAAACCAAGGCUGCAGAUACAUGGAAUAAAGGAGGAACGGGGCAAUGCUUUAAGAUA